GGCAGAGUCAGUGAGUCACCGCUUGCCAUGACGCGUUGGUAAAUGGAGUAAAUUAUAUGAUCAUUUCAUCAUAAAUGAUAUCAUCCAACUCAGCUCACUGAGAAGUGAGCCCAUAAACGGAGAUGUUUAUUUAUUUAUUUAUUUGCAUAAAACUACUAUAUUCAAAUCACACAAAUGAGCACAAUCAAGUUUAAACAUCGCGUUAGCACAAAUUCUAAGUGUAUGUUGCUUGGCAACGGAAUGCGUAACGCACGUCAACAUCAGGUGCCUGGAGACACUGGCGCAGAGACGCAUAGAUGGCGGAGAGAAACACUCUGGAGAAGCUCGAUUUGGGCGCUUUAAGCCUCGAGCAGCAGGAGAAGCUGCACCAGUUCAAGGUCAAGACGCGGAUAGCUAAUGAAAAAUAUUUAAGGUCUCAUCCAGAGGUGGAAAUGUUACUCAGUGACUUCUUAAGGGAUGUGUUUCUGAAAAGGCCUACAGAUAUUCGUGAAUUUGCAGCAGAUCAUUUCAGUGACCCAGGACUGCCAAAGAAAAUUCAGGAGCAAAUGAAUAUCCAUAAUAAGUGAAAAAUGGAUUUAUAGUGUUUUGUAAUAAAAGAGAGAAAAAUGA